AUGGCUGCUUCUCUGAGACAGAGGUUUCUGCGUGUGCUGUGUUGCGGGGCGCCUCCCUGGGCAUCCUCCGGGGGUGACCCAGGUCACGGGGGAGGCACGGGGGCCCAGGAAGCGCUCCUGAUGGAGGGGUUUCUGUUUAAGAGGACCAGGAGUGGGAUCAGUUCUGGAGAAGUCAUCUGUGAUGCUCCCAAGAACAAGGAUGUUGAAGGAGAAACCACCAACGGAGAAGGUCAAGAGGAAAAGACGACCGACACGAACCCGGACAGCCAAUACACCCUUGGAGAGCUGCUGGGAAAGGAAGACUGCGGUUCAGUCUAUGAAGGAGACCAUAAGGCAGAUGGGAACCAGAUACCUGUGACGACCUACCAGGACCAUUUUGGGUCAGGAGGACCGCUGAGUACCACCCUGGCCCCUGGAUUCCUCUUAGCCCCAGACAUGAACCCAAUUGAGCAUCUGUGGGACCUCCUCAAUGGCCGUGUUGGCUCUACGGAUCCUCCCCUGGUUGAGGUGCCAUGCACUGUACCCGAGACCAUCGACAUCUCAGAACGAACAUCACGUGUGGUUGAGGACGUCUCUGAGCUGCACAAGUGCUAUGAGGUUUACAAAACCAUUGGAUCAGGUGGUUAUGCGACGGUCAAGCUCGGCAGGCACAUUCAGACUCAAGAGCCAGUGGCCAUCAAGAUCCUGGAGAAGAAAGAGCUCGGGGAUGAGUUGUCUGAUUUGAGGAUCGAGAUUGAAGCCCUGAAGAACCUCAAGCAUCAGCACGUGUGCCGCUUGUACCAAGUCAUGGAGACUGCUGACCAGAUCUACAUGGUGCUUGAGUUUUGUCCGGGUGGAGAUCUGUUCGACCACAUCGAUAAUAACAACAGGUUGUCGGAGGAGGAGACGCGCAGGAUCUUCCGUCAGAUCGUCUUGGCGCUGGCGUACAUCCACAGCCAGGGAUACGCCCACCGUGACCUUAAGCCAGAAAACAUGAUGCUGGAUGAGAAGAACAACAUCAAGCUCAUCGACUUUGGGCUCUGUGCCAAACCAGAGGGUGGAUUGGGUACUGCUCUGAUUGAGGGCUGUGGAACCCCUCCCUACUUGGCACCAGAAAUCAUUGAUGCGCAACCCUAUCAUGGUGCAGAGGCAGAUGUUUGGAGCUUGGGUGUUGUCCUAUAUGACAUGCUGUGUGGCUACCUCCCGUUCGAUGGUGACAACUUUGUGGAACUCCAUGAACAAAUCACUAAAGGACAUUUUGACACUCCUGACUGGCUGUCUCCUGGUUCUGUACUGCUGAUUAAGGAAAUGCUGCAGGUGGUUCCAGAGCGGCGCAUAAAGGUGGAGCAUCUGCUGGAUCAUGAGUGGGUAAUGAAGCAGUACAGCAGCCCUGUGGAAUGGCACAGCACAUGCCAGCUGGAUCAUCUACAUGAGGAGAGCAUCACCGAGAUGGCUGUGAUGUUCAGACAGUCCAACCAAAGCACCAAGCAGCUGGUGUCUGAGAUACAUUUCAGUACUUGUAUCUGCAUCAACACAGAUGCCAAAAUGUAGAUACAUAUUUAUUAAUAUUGAGGUUCUUGUGCUUCGUCUAAAAGAGAUAGCUGAGCGGAUGUGUAAGAAAUCCAGGAGACGUUGUUGUCGCAUCAAGGAGGGACGAUGGUGGCGCCAUCCAAUCAGGACACGUUACAUCUCAAUUUCACAUUUCAAUGAUUAUUGCAGCUGUUUCUCUCUAACCCAUCCUCUCUCUCUCUCUUCUUUUACCAGAACGAUGCAUUUUGGGUAUCUGUGUGUGACUGGUUAGAGGAACUCCACUGAGGUGCCGCCCUUGUUGAUCCACACAGCUGUAUGAGAAGUGUAGAACAUGGAUGACCAGGAUCAACAAGACUUAAAAUCUUAUACAAUUAAAUGUAAAAUAAAUAAACUCACUGAAUAUA